AUGGCCGUUCCCCAAGAAAAGGUGGCCGUUCACACCACGGUCGCCAGCAUUGCUCUCCCCGAGAAGGCGGCGUACUCGAAGCUGUCCGACACCAUCGCCACGACCCCGGGCACACUUACUCCUGUUGCUUCAACCCCCGAAAAGAGCCUGGAAAUGCCCCGCGACAGCAACCUUUCUACCCCGCGGUCGUACCGCAACGAGAACCCCUUCGAUACCGACAUCGAGGCUAUGAUCACCACGACAUCCUCCUCCGAUCCGUAUGCCAUGAAGAGCAUCUCAACUACAAAAGACUGCCCAACGAUAUGGCCGGGCAAGCAAGAUUGGAAGGCCAAAGCGAAGGCCGCAAAGCGUGAUAGGGGCUCCUGCGCCUGCAUGGCUCGCAUGAGCAAGAAGAAUCGCAUCAUCAUGAAGGUGGCCAUUGGCCUCCUCGUUAUUGGUGUCGGUGUUGGUGUCGGCUUUGGCGUCAGCAAGCCUUUGGGCGCACCCAUCUGGGGCACCCCUGACGGGAACAAGUGA